CACAAGUACACCAAGAUAGAGAGUGUGUCAAAGUCCAGCCUUUGCCCGGAGACACAGUAGCGCCACCAGCAGAAGCGGUAGCGGCAGCAGCGCAGCUUCUCCGCCCCACCCUAGGACAGAGGACUGCACGCUCAGCAAGAAAGACGAGUGACCGGGGAUCGAUGACAUGCAGCCUCAGCAGCGACACGUGGAAGUCCUGGACCACCUGAACGGCUCACGCAUCGUCUUCUCGGACGCCGGCGCCGGCGGGCCUGGGCACCAGAGCCCUGCGGACCUGACCCAGGAUGUGGUGGUGAUUUCUCCCGGGCUUCCCACACCACCACGUAGCCCCAGCCACAGGCGGUCCGCUGCAGAGAGGAGGUCCUCAGAGGUCAAUGGCGGAGGCCCUCCUGUCCUCAGCUUCGGCUCCUAUUAUGGCCAGUCACAGUCGUCAGGCGCGCCAGCAAAUGGGAACUGGAGCGGGACGGCCGCCACGUUGCCCAGGUCUGCAAGGGCUGAGGAGCGGCUGGUCAAGUUCUCUGGCAUCGGACCUGUGGAUGAGACGGGGAUGCCCAUCGCAUCCAGAUCGAGUGUGAACAAGCCCAAGGACUGGUACAGGAGCAUGUUCAGGCAGAUCCACAAGAAGGCGGCAGAGCUGGAAGUGGCUGAAUCUGGGCUGUGGUCUACAGAUGGUGAUGCAGCUCCAUGUAAGCAACCCCCCACUAAACAUGCGGCAGAGAACCGGAGAACCGAGGUUGACGCCUUUACCCUGAGCUCACGUGGAGCCCUGCCUGAUUGGACCCAACUGGGCGAUGGAGAUAAAGGAUCUGACUGGAGGAGGCGACAGCCAGAGCCCAAGAGCAUAUAUGACUUUGACCCGGGGCGGAGCAUCGUCGUGGAGGGCGAUGCCCAGGAUCAAUGGUAUCCCUACCGGCCCCCAGCAAAGGCCCAUACCCCCUCCAUUGAGGCUACGUUGGUCUCAGAGUUGAGUCGCUUCGAGGCUGAGCUGGACUCGGACAUCCAGGGCCUGGAGCGGAGACUGUCUCAGAAACAGCACCGGAGAGCCCGGGGGUCCCGUCCCAGCAGCAGCGCAGGUAGCAGGGAGAGGACACGGCACCAGGUAAGCCUCCCUGUGCUUGCCUGCUGUGUACACCCAGAGGCCAGAGCAGAAUGGGAGGUGAGUCUGCCGGUCGUCCGGGAUGCUGGUCCCUCACACCCCUCUUCUCCUUCCAGCUCUUCAACUGGCCCAAAGCAGCCUGUGACUAGGGCCCACGGUGCGGCGGCGGCCAGUCACCCGGUCGUCCCUGGCCCCGGCGUGGCACAAAGGACAGCGCCCGGUCCCACAUACGGGACCCGAGGCCCAGCAGUCGAAGUCAUGGAGUUCCCACCCAAGAGGGAUGAAAAGAAGAUGAAAGCAGCGAGAGCUAAGUUCAAUUUCCAAGCACAGUCACCCAAAGAGCUGAUGCUGCAGAAGGGUGACGUGGUGUACAUCCACAGGCAGGUGGAUGCCAACUGGUUCGAAGGAGAGCAUCACGGCAGAGUGGGCAUCUUUCCAACCACCUAUGUGGAGAUGAUCCCUCCCACAGAGAAGCCCACACCUAUCAAACCACCCAGCAUCCAGGUGCUGGAAUAUGGGGAGGCUCUGGCCCUCUUCAACUUCUCUGCUGACCUGCCUGUGGAGCUGUCCUUCCGCAAGGGUGAAAGGAUCUGUGUGACGCGACAAGUAGAUGACAGCUGGUUAGAGGGCAGGAUUUCCGGCACCGCACGCAGCGGCAUCUUCCCCAUCAGCUAUGUCCAGGUCGUCAAGAUGCCCCGCACCAAGUCCAGCGAGGAAUAUCCCGCGAGCCCCUCCUCGCCCCUGAGUCCCGGUCGGCCUCUGAACUCCCCCCGCUCUCCUGGGCCCUUCAGCCCGAACCCACAGACCUCACCCUCGAAGCCAUGCUCUACUUCCCCGGUGCAAGCGGGUCAGCCGUCAUCCUCCCAGGCCCACAGCGGGACCACGGCCUUCCAAACGCGGGCGUCCGGUUCUCCCGCUCAGUUCAGCCCUUCUAACCAGGUGUUCAAUCACUGGCCCGACCCGAGCCCCGGCUUCACCCCCGCUAGCCAGCAGACCAACCACUGGAGCGCAGCUCAGCCUGCGACGCACAACAGGGAGGCAGCAUCAGCCGCGCUGAGGUCCGGUCAAACACGCCCAUCAUCCCAGUGGACUUCAAGUCCGAAGAAAUCUGUCUACGGAAGUCAGGACGACUUUCCCACAAAUCCCUCCCAGCCCAGGCGCCACAUAAAGGCUUCUCCAGUUUCCCAGGCACCUUCUGGGACCAGCUCCUUACUGGCCCAGCAGCAGCCGUAUAAAGCCGUGUACAACUACAAGCCGCAGAAUGGCGAUGAGCUGGAGCUGCGUGAGGGAGACAUUGUACAGGUGAUGGAGAAGUGUGAUGACGGCUGGUUUGUAGGUACGUCUGAGAGGACACAUGCAUUUGGGACAUUUCCAGGCAACUAUGUUGCACCCGUCUGACUGCCUGCCUGCCUGCUUGCGCUCAACGUGGACUGAGACGUUUGACUUUGUAGACAAACCCAUUUCCGGCGGCACGCGGAACACAGGCGUCAGGCUGCAGACUGCACUGUCCCACGUUCACGCCACGACCGAUCACCCUGCAUGCUUACGCACACCAGCUGAACCUAGAUGGGCUCUUGGAACAGGCUUAGUUGCUACAGACCUGAAGUAUCCCCCCAGACCACCCACACUGCUUGGAUGAAAGUUUGUGGCUCGGGGACUUACAGGACCCCAGAGAGGGCUGACACCAGGGGCACUGCGCACCACGUAAAACCACCCCAGCACUGUCCUGUGAAAGGUUUCCCCUGGAUUUUGCUUAAAAAAUGGCAGUUUUGUGGAAGGCCUGGGUCCUGGGAUUGUCACUCCCACCCGUGUGCUUCCUGCCGAACCUCGUCCUGAAACACGUGUCCCUUCAGCCCAGCGGCUGCAGCCGGAGGCCUGACGCUUCGCUCACCGUCACCAAAGUGCCUUUUCGGUACAAAACGCUCAGCGUGCACCAUGUUUCAGCGAAGCAUCGCCAGCAUCUGAGAGAUCUGUCUACGCGUGACAGCGACGCACAGAAAGCGGCUGCCCGUCGCAGCCGGAAAAGUGCCUGCAGCUGAGUUCCAGGUUUCUGUUCCCUUCAAUUUCAGAUCUGUGACAUCCUCCUGACACCUAAGACAAAAGCACAUGAUGGGACCUAAUGGUGGAACACAGCUUCUUUAAAGGCGAUUUUAAGCUUUUUUUUUUUUUUUUUUUAGACAUGAGAAACCUAAAAUAGUAUUUUAUUAACAUUAACAUAUAAGUACAUACCGUUAGAUAUUUAGCUUGGGGCCACGGAGCUAUUUUUCCAGGCUGGCGAUACAGCAGGCCUCUUUGUCUCGCACAGCCUGCUUUGCCGCACACGCCGAAGCGCAGCGAGCGAGGAUCCCCUCCGUAGGAUAAGGGAAGGUGACUGAAUCGGGCAAAACGAUGACUGCAAAGGUGAGACGGCGAAAGCCGAUCGCCUUCACAUGCAUCGAAGGAGGAAGUACCCGUGGCGUUGGAUCGGAGACAGAAAGCUCGGUGCUCAGGUCCAGACUGGGACGGAAAGUAAUGAGGAAGUUGGUCAGAAAAGAAACCCCCGUGUAGUUUGUUAGGGCGAUCGAGUGGAGAAAUAUCACUCGUACGACUUUAGAGGAGCCUCUACCACGUUUCGGCGCUCGCAACGGGAUAGUUAAAGUGACGCUACUUGAUCUGCCACAAUUUUGACGCGCAAGUCGGCAGCCGGUGAUCGAACACCUUGUUAAUCGUGUUGCACUGCGACCAGCAGGCGACAGCGGAAAAGUUCCCUAACGAGGAGGCCGGAUCAUUUCUUCCACGCGCCGCACGCGAUUCCAGUCAAACUCGAGCGUAGCUCCGCGCACAGUUUUACUUCACUGGACUUAUUUCUGCACUGCGCAAUAAAAAUGGAAAGAACUGAUUUCUUUGCUUCACGCCUACCCGAAAAAUGAUCAUCGCCUUGGCACCUGCAAACCAGCACAAGCAGACAAGUAGACGUGGUGAACCAAAGAGGAGGAGAGCUCACGAGCGACAGGAGGUGGCUUCGGCCCUCGCGAGUCGUCACAGUGGAGAGCGGGGAACGCAACCUGCCCCAUUCCUUGUGUCAUACUCACCACUGAGCUGUUUUGUUUGUCGAGAGGUGGAACAGCACGGAAUGUGUCACUGUCCUACUAAAGACUUAAAUUAGAAGGGAAAACGCCAAGCAAAACCAGAACGGCCGGUAGAUAAUAAAAAGGCCAUUUUUUUGCUUUUCUUUUUACAACUCAAUAAAAGAGCAAUAUAACGUCAGCUAAAGCAGAUAUGAUGUAGUACAGACACUGCUAUUGUAAUUCCUUUGCUAAAAUACAGAAGUAAUAUAUUUUAUGACCUACCAAAUGUAUAUCCUAAUGUAAGGUACUCGAGCAUUGUGGUGAAAAUAAAAAUA